CAUUGUGUCCUCCAAUUUUCAAGGAAGCAUGGGACAACACUUCACAAAUGAAGACGGGGAACAAGCUGAGAUUGAUGUGGCUGAACUGCAAGAAUGGUAUAAAAAGUUUGUGGUGGAGUGUCCAAGUGGGACGCUCUUCAUGCAUGAAUUCAAACGCUUCUUCGGGGUACAGAACGAUCAGGAGGCUGAGAAGUAUGUGGAGAACAUGUUCAGAGCGUUUGAUAAAAAUGGGGAUAACACCAUUGACUUCCUAGAAUACGUGGCUGCCUUGAAUCUUGUUUUGCGAGGGAAGCUGGAACACAAACUGAAAUGGACCUUCAAAGUAUAUGAUAAAGAUGGGAAUGGUUGCAUUGACAAACUUGAACUUCUAGAAAUAGUUGAGGCUAUUUAUAAGCUUAAAAAAAUAUGCCAGCCUGAAGAAGAAACAGAUGCCCCCCGUCUCACUCCAGAGGAAGUUGUUGACAGGAUAUUCCUGUUAGUGGAUGAGAAUGGAGAUGGGCAGUUGUCUCUGGAUGAGUUCGUUGAUGGCGCACGGAAAGACAAGUGGGUGAUGAAGAUGUUACAUAUGGAUAUGAAUCCAGGAGGAUGGAUUGUUGCACAGAGGAGGAAAAGUUCACUGUGCUAAUAGUUGCCUACAUAACUUGGAAAGUGUGACAAUGGAAAGGCUCAGAGUAUUGCAGUUCCAGAUGUUAUCACAUCCUUUCAUGCUGGAACUAUCUGAGAAUUCAAAGAAUGCUUCAGGUAACUCUGAGAAACUGAGCAUCCAUUUCUUAGACAUGCAUGCUGAAAGCAAGAUGGAGUACUGACAUCUGAAGACCACUGCUGACCAGCCAGGCUAGAGAAGACAUGUAUACUUGCCAUUCUGUCUAUUAGCUCACAUUUACAGUUGCAUCCUGAGCAACUAAAGUACAAAAGUCUUGACAUGAAACCUGAGUGACAUUUGGUAUGUUCAGUUCAUACAAAGUGACUGGUAGGUGAGUCAUCCUGCUUUCUUUGUAGAUCAGUGUGUACAAUGCCAGAGGAGAUACAAGUUUACUGAAACAAAGGAAGUGCUUUUGUAACAGACUUUAAAGAGGUGGCUGACUACUCUGUCAUGAUAUUUAAGUUGUGUGUUCUAAUGGUCUUGUUUUCUGUGCAGACUUCAGUACAUGUCCUGCUGCAAAUUUAAACAAUAUGGACGUUGUCUCAUAACAUGAAAAUCAGACUUUCUAACUUCUUUUGUAACAUUCCAAGCAUGCAACAAAUAUUAUGAACACAAAAAAAUACUGUAUUUAAUGUAACCGCAGGACCUAAGUAGAUGGAGUAUAGGACACAGAUACUGAAUGCAACGUGGAGGGGGGUGGUCUUUAUCCACUCAUCCAUUGGUUUUUGGAAGGUUUCUUCACAUGGUAGAUUGAAUUGGAGCCAUUCAGAUUGCAGAAAUUCCAGUGUAACUGAGGAAACCUUGGAACAAUUCAGGUGGCCCUUCAGACUAUGGUUGGAGGAUCAUGAAUGUGCCAUAUGCUCACACAUCUUCUAUCCUUCUCAUGCACUGUCCCUCUCCCAUUACCUACUGGUUUGUAAUGGAAACCUGCAAUGACAUCCACAUUGAGCAAACAAUAGUUGGCGCUUAUCAAGAUUGCCUCCAAAUCAUGGUUUGCAAACUCACUUUUGACACUAAUUUCAGCUCAUGGUUUUAAAGCAAACACUAACCAUAGUUUGCCAAAUUCAGAUGUCAUGUUCAGAUAACGUGAGAUUCUGUUAUACAUUCCCACCACGUUUAGAAUAUUGGAAUGGAACAACUGAAUUGGCUCUGUGUCCUGAAUGAGAGGCAAUGAUGAGAAAUUUACGGAGGAAAUGUCCAUAUUUGCGAAUUCUCAGUGUAGUCUUGUCAUAUUUCAAGAUUUAUAAAUAAGUGCAGGAACAAUUAUGGUCAUCUUUCACAGUUGCUGAGUCUACAACAUUUUUUGAAUGGUGAACAGUCAUCAGUUGAUCAUUAGUGUAUAGCCUCGUAUAUAUUAUUAUAGUUACUAAAGUCCUUCAAAUACAGGAGAACUCAUUUAUUUGAGUGGCCUGGAGUACAUUCAUGUACUAAGGCCUAAUUCUCAUAAAUAGUAGAUGAGGUGAUAGAACCAAUAACUGGACUACACUAUUUCAGUUGCAAAUGUGGACACUCAAGAUGCAGUGUUCCAUUUCCCACCCCACCCCCCAAACUCCUGCACAGAUAAAACUAGCAUGUCAGGGAUAAAGUUAGGUUAAAAACCUGCCUAUUGCAUCUGGGUUUUUGUGUGUGCAGGGUUUUUGGCUUUGUCUUUAUAGAGAGGAGCCAUUAAUCAUAUGAGCCCCCAAUUGCAGACUAAAAUAGUACAACUUAGGCACUGCUGUUUGUGAGAAUAAGGCCAAUGAAAUCAAGACAGGCCUAUGAGAUCAAGACAGAUGGGAUGUUCUGUUUACAUGUGAUUAUAUAAGACUAAUAUAUGGAGAACACUAGUCUUGUGCCUGCAACCUUUCACAUGCACAUCUCUGAUAUAGCGGAACAGGAUUUUCUUUGGAUGUUGUAAAGAAGUAGAAUUAGCAUAGAAUGGUGGUGAACUCUUGCAGACUCUGGAUAUCACACCAGUGAUGAUUUGAGUCAGCUAUUUCCAUGCCACGGCUUGCUGCAAAGCCUAUUUGCAAUGUGGUAAAGAUCUCAUGGGUCAGUUUGCACCAGCAUUCAGCCUUUGCACAAUGUGACCUACCAUUUGGUGCCACUGUGGAGACACUAGAAGAGCAAAGGCCCAGGAUAAGAAGGGCCAAAUGCAAAGAUAAUUUAUUUGUAACAAUGUGCAGUAAGCCUGUUUUUUUUUCUUUUUUAAAUUUUUUUUAUUCAGUUCAACAAUAACAGUGCAACAAUAUUGAAGAUAAUUAUAAAAUAGAGAUUAUAAAUUACAGUAAGGACUAUAAAAUUUGUUUAAACAUUUACAACAUUAUCGGGUGUAUGUUAAACAAUCACAUAACAAGAUUUACAAAAAGCUAAGUAAACAGAGGGAAUUACAUUAUCAUUAUAUCUUAUUAAAUUAAAGUGAGAAAUUGCAGAUGUUUAGGAGGGUGUAGUUCAGUAACAAUGAGAUAUUCAAAAAACGGAAACCAUUUAGUUAAAAAGUCACUUUCUUUAAUAUGAUUUUGUGCUUGGUACAAAUCAUCAUGGAUUUUCUCUUGGAUAUAGUGGUCCCAUAUUUUGCUAAUCCAACCUUCCACCAUUGGAAUUUUUGUAGAUUUCCAGUUACAUGCUAUUAGAGAUUUAGCUGCCAUCAACAGGCUUCGUAUUAAUUCUUUUCUAAUGUGAGGAAUUAUAACAGUAUCCCAUUGAUCUAAAAAAAUCAGUUUAGGGUCUAAUGGAACAAAGUAGCCUGUAAUCUCAUGUAUUUGUCUUAAAUGCAGAAAGCUUGUUGAAGAAAAAUAUUUCCAACUUUAACUUAAAAUAUAGUUUCAAUUCAUUUUCUUUAUUUAAACAUCUAUGUAGGAGGUCGCAAAUAUUGCUUAUUUUUUUUCCUGUGGCCUUUCAUUGUAAAAUCCAGGCUUCUCAUUCGUUUUAUAUACCACACUUCCAUUAUUUUCUUAAUUUAGGAGACUUGGGGUUGAUACUAAGUAGGUAAAUUAAAAUCUUUUCAGUGACCCUGUACAUGUGUGAAUUCUGAAACCACAUUUUGAACAGUUGCCACUAUUCUAUAUGUAAGUUGCAAAAACUUAAAUUAUGGAGGAUUCUCCCCAAAUUAUCUACUUUUAGUGGAAACCAGUAUCUCAAGUCCAGAUGACAGCCAGCUAAUGUGGAAAAGCUCCACAUUUGAUUUCAGUGUGUUUAUGUUGCUGCUGCAGUGAGUACUGAGUAGAGAUGGGCACGAACCAAAAAAAAUUAAUGAACCAGCAGAUCGUAGUUCGGUGCUGACGACGAGCCCAAAUUAAUGAACCGCAAUUAACAUCUCCCAUUCCUGAACUGGAUCAUGGAUUG